AUGAGAACUCAAUCUACGAUAUUUACUCGUUAUUUUACCGCCGUGGCAAAGGCAUCACCAAUAGUGUUCAACGUUCUUCUUGCGGCCCAUAUUGCCUCAUCUUACAGUUAUGAAUAUAUUGCCUCUUAUGGUGAUUCGAUGCUCCCGACCCUUCAUUCGUUUAGUGACUAUCUAGUGAUAUCUAGGGCUUACAGAAGAGGAAAAGGCAUAACCACUGGGGAUAUGGUGUCAUGCUGCAAACCUACCGAACCGAUGAGUCGAGUUUGCAAGCGAGUGACGGGGAUGCCUGGAGAUAUAAUUCUUGUUGAUCCUUCAAAGUCAUCGAUAUAUACCAACUUCAGUGAAUAUAUUAAAGAUUAUGCCGUGUCGAAUAAGGAAAAUUUGGGAGUAAAAGAUAUCAGAGAUGCCACCACCGAUGAGACCAGUCAAUGGGUUGAUGAAUUGGAAACCACUUUGGACAAAAAUAAGACAUACCAGGAACAAAGCAGCACGACACAUAAUCAAUUCAUAAGAAUCCCAGAAGGUCAUUGCUGGUUGACUGGGGAUAACUUGAACAAUUCUUUGGAUUCGAGAGUCUACAAUAUGGUCCCAUUGGCCCUAAUAAAUGGAAAAGUCGAAUACGCGGUCUAUGUCUCAUCUCCAUGGAAGUGGUGGACUUGGGAUAUUAGGAAAAUUGAGAACAUUUACAAAGAUAAAGAACAAUGA